AUGUCGAUGAAGGUUCGGCGGAAUGGCGUACAUAGCGUGUUGAAAAAUGUGAAGUACGUAUACGAGAGCAGCCGAGAUAUUAGUACGAGCAGAAUUUACAAAGACAGAAAAGAGAAGGUGGUGAUCCUAGGCUCAGGAUGGGGUGGCAUACACUUUUUUAUAAACAUAGAUUUUAAAAAGUACGAUGUGACGUUAAUUUCUCCAAGGAGUUACUUUACCUUCACCCCUUUGUUGCCCUGUCUGUGUAGUGGAACCCUGAGCGCCAAAGUGUGCACAGAAAAUGUUUCUACCUUUUUGAAAAAAAAGGGAUCCUCAGGGAAGUAUCUGCAGAUGGAAUGCACAGACAUAUCCCCCGAAGAAAGGCAAGUAAUUUGUAGAGACAACAAAAACAAUGAAGUAAAAAUUGCAUAUGACCAUCUAGUUAUAUCUGUAGGAGCUAAGACCAACUCUUUUAAUAUUAAAGGAGUUGACAAGCACGCUUUUUUUGUAAAGGAUAUCGAAGGGGUGAUAAACAUUCGCAAGAGAUUCUUGGAUGUCCUAGACAUAUGCUGCACGGACAAAAUUUCAAAUGAAGAAAAAAAAAAACUCCUACACGUAGUAGUGGUUGGAGGGGGACCAACAGGUGUCGAAGUCGCAGGAGAGUUCGCUGACUUCAUAAAUAAGGAUGUCAAAAAAAAGUACAAGAAUAUUUUCCCAUUGAUAUCUGUUAGUAUUAUAGAAGGAGGGAAAAACCUACUCCCAACCUUUACACAAAAUAUUUCCGAUUUCACUAAGAGAACAUUUCAUACGGCAAAUAUAAAUGUACUUACAAAUUAUUACGUAAAGGAAGUCGAUGAAGAUACCAUAUGCGUACAAUCCAGUUUAGAUCAGAAUGAGAAGAAGAAACAGAUCCCUUAUGGCCUUCUUAUUUGGGCAAGUGGAUUAGCACAAACUCCUCUCAUUACCAAUUUUUUGAAAAAAAUACCUGAACAAGUUAACAACAGAAUUUUGAACGUAAAUGGACACCUCGCCGUUAUCGGAAUUAAGGAGCAAAAUAUUUACGCCAUUGGAGAUUGUAAAAAGAUACAACCUCUUCAACUGCACCAGAAUUUCCAUGAGGUUCUGGAUUAUUUUUCUUCCUCUUCCACAACCUUCUCCUCUGAUUUGCUAAAAUCCAAGGCAAAUGAGUUGUCCAAGAAGUUUCCACAGGUUAGCCAAUCCAAGUGGGACUACAAGAAAAAUAAAAAAACACAAAUGGAUAAGCAUCAGUUCUGUGAGUACCUAAAAGAGAUAGACGAAAAUUACAAAUCGCCUAUUCCUACUGCUCAAAAUGCUAAGCAGGAGGCAUACUUUUUGUCUAAUCUUUUUAACACUCUGAUGGACAAGAAGGCUGAUGGGCAUCAAUUCCCUUCUUUUGUAGAGAAGUGGAAAGGAUCCAUCGCAUACAUAGGUAGCCACCAAGUGGUAGCUCAUCUUCCCUUUUUCGAAAUUACCGGAGGCCUUUUCUCCUUCACCUUUUGGAAAAUGGUAUACAUACAAUUACUCCUCACGUGGAGAUCUAGAUUUGCCUUUAUUAUGGACUUCCUGCGUAUCAAGUUUUUUGGCAGACCCUUCUCCAAAUGA